AUGAGAAACCUUUACGCUCCAUUGCUUCUUCUUCUUCCUUUUCUCCACUCGGGAUUUGGACAGAUUCUUUUCCAGGGCUUCAACUGGGAAUCAUGGAAACAGGGAGGAGGAUGGUAUAACUUAUUGAAAACCCAAGUAGCAGACAUCGCUGCCAUUGGAGCCACACACGUAUGGCUUCCUCCUGCUUCGCAUUCUGUUUCUGAGCAAGGCUACUUGCCAGGAAGGCUAUACGACCUAAACGUUUCAAAAUACGGCAACCAGGCCGACCUCAAAUCCCUAAUCCAAGUCUUCCAUAACCAUGGAAUCAGAUCCAUCGCCGACAUCGUCAUAAACCAUAGAACCGCAGAGAAACAGGACUCAAGGGGCAUAUACUGCAUCUUCGAAGGAGGCACACCAGAUGCCCGUCUCGAUUGGGGACCUCACAUGAUCUGCAGUGAUGACACCGCCUAUUCCGACGGAACCGGCAACCCAGACACCGGCGCCGGCUACCCCCCUGCGCCCGACAUCGAUCAUCUCAACACUGACGUCCAGCAAGGGCUCUCAGAUUGGAUGAAUUGGCUCAAAACCGACAUUGGAUUCGACGGCUGGCGACUGGACUUCGCCAAGGGGUAUUCGGCUGCCACGGGAAAGAUCUAUUUGGAGAGAACGGCGCCGAGCUUUGCGGUUGCAGAGAUCUGGAGCGGUCUGGCUUAUGAUGGGGACGGUAAGCUGAGUUACAAUCAGAAUGGGAAUAGGCAGGAGUUGGUGAAUUGGGUGGAGGGUGUUGGGGGGAAGGCGAUGGCGUUUGAUUUUACGACGAAGGGGAUAUUGCAAGCUGCGGUGGAAGGAGAGCUAUGGAGGAUGAUUGAUGGUGAUGGGAAAGCGCCGGGGUUGAUUGGGUGGUUGCCGGGGAACGCCGUCACUUUUGUUGAUAAUCACGAUACAGGUUCUACUCAGAAGCUUUGGCCUUUCCCAUCUGAUAAAGUGAUGCAGGGCUAUGCUUAUAUUGUUACACAUCCAGGAGUACCUUGCAUUUUCUACGAUCAUAUUUUUCUGUGGGGACUGAAGGACGAGAUAAGCAAGCUUGUAGCAAUAAGAACUAGAAACGGGAUAAACCCAAGCAGCAAACUGCGAAUAAUAGCUCAUGACAGCGAUCUAUAUAUGGCAGCCAUUGAUGAGAAAAUUAUAGCUAAGAUUGGAACAAGACUUGAUGUUGGGAAUCUUCUUCCUCCUGAUUUCAAAUUAGCAACUUCUGGUAAUAACUAUGCUGUGUGGGAGAAAAUGUAAGCAACAAUGGCCAAUCUAUAAAUUGUCUUUGCCUAUGAAUUUCUUCCUAGUUGGUGUUUGAAUGGUCAGCUACUUAAUUUUCAUGGUAAUUUGGUAUGCUGUGAGAGCAGGUAAUAGUAAUUUAAAUAUUGUGGUAAUACUUUCCAGCCAACUAUUAGGAUGUAUCAAAGAA